AUGCGCACACGUGAGGAAGACUGCGAGGACGAAGAGGGACUUCUCUACGAGAGACCGAAGCAGAGGACAGAGAAGCCCUGGAAAAUAUGGAUGGUUUCGAUAGUAUGUCUGGUAUCUGGAUUCAUCCUCGGGGCCGUUUUCAGCACCGAAUAUACGACUCGCAGCAAGCCUCACAAGAGCAACGACAACACCAGUAGCAACAGUGGCGGUAAAAGCCACAACAUCAGCGCGAGCGCAUCGUCCAUAUUCCCUAUCAACAUCCCAGUAACAUUUGAGCCCAACGACAUGUUCUCAAACUACUCAGACCCCGAGACCGAUAAGAUUUGGGAGGCUCUCAUCCCACGCACGUAUUCCCUUCGGUUUUCUAAUCAUGUUCCGCACUAA